GCCCGGGAAGAGCCCGAGGCACGGGGGCUGCAGCCCAGGCGACGCGGCGGGCAGAUCCGCCCCUCUCCUCCCUGUCCUCACCCGGCCUCCAGCCGGCGCGGCUCCCCGGUCGGGGCGGCAGCGACGGGGACACAUCCCCGGACAGAGGCAGCCGAGGGGCCGGCUCCCGGCCUCCCCCUCCACCCGCCUCCCCUCAGCCGCGCGGGGGGCCGCAGCCCUGCCCCGCGGCCCAUCGGCCACCUCGUCCCCAUCGGGCCUUUACCGGCUGCUCCGCGAGACGGCGACCCGCGCGCUCUGACAGGCGGGCGGACACCCCGCUCUCCGCCACAGAGCCGCCUCCUUCCUCUCCCCCUCCCCGGGCCCUCCCCACAGGCGGUGGCCCCGGGCCGGGCCACCCUCCUCUCGCGAGAGACCGCGGCCCCGCCUCGCCGGCCUCGGGCCUGGGCCGCAGGCGGCGCCCGCUCACCCGCAGCCGCCCGAGGAGCCGCGCACGGGCCCGCUCAGCAGCGGCGCAAUCCGCCGCCAGCCCGAGCAUUCUUCAGUGUGAUUUGGAUGAGCUGCCCUGAAGGACCUCCCCAGCGAUCCCAUCCAUAGGGCUGGACAAGAUGCCAACACAGGAAAAUGGCCAAAAAGAAGAUUCUGUCAUCCAGAAUGACCUCCAUGAGUCAUUUGAAGAAGAAGUGAGAGCAUUCCUCAGUGAUGAAGAGAAAUUACAUCUUUUUGAUGACCUCACGAAAGUGAAUCCAGUGACAACUGCCACAGUUCUGAAAUGUCUUCAAGCAAGAUAUACAGUAAACUUGUUUUAUACAAAUGCUGGCUGCAGCCUGGUGGCUUUAAAUCCAUUUCAGCCUAUAUCCUGCCUCUAUUCACCUGAGCUUAUGAGAGAGUACCAUGAUGCACUUCGUCCUCAGGAUUUAAAACCUCACAUCUUUGCAGUGGCUGAGCAAACCUACAGAAAUGUCCAAAGCCAGCUAGACCCUGUGAACCAGUCUAUAAUUGUGAGUGGAGAAAGUGGUGCUGGGAAGACCUGGACAUCUCGCUGCCUUAUGAGAUUCUAUGCUUCUGUUGCUGCUUCUGUUGUCUCCCCAAAAGACAACGAAACUGUGGAAAGGAUAGAGAAGAGGGUGUUGGAUUCCAACCCUGUCAUGGAAGCAUUUGGAAAUGCCUGUACCCUGCGCAAUAACAACAGCAGCCGGUUUGGAAAAUACAUCCAGCUUCAGUUAGACAGAUUCCACCAUCUGACUAGUGCUUCCAUUCAGACUUUCCUUUUGGAGAAGACCAGAGUUGCCUAUCAGGCCCCCAAUGAAAGAAACUUUCAUAUUUUUUAUCAGAUCACAAAAGGUGCUACUGCAGAGGAGAGGCUGUCAUGGAACCUUCCAGAAGGAGCUGACUACCGCUGGCUGCCAAAUUCUGAAAGAAACUUAGAUGAGGACUGCUUCGAGGUGACCAGAGAUGCAAUGUUUCACUUGGGCAUUGACCGCUCCACGCAGAACAAUAUUUUCAAGGUAUUGUCAGGCCUUCUCCAUCUUGGGAAUGUUCAAUUCUCUAAUCCAGUGGAUGAAUCUCAACCUUGUGACCUAGAAGACAAAAGCAAAGAAUGUUUGAAGACCACUGGGGAUUUGCUGAAGAUACCUGUCGAGGAACUACUGGAAUCAUUAAGAAUUCGAACAAUAACUGCUGGAAAACAACAGCAAGUGUUCAAGAAGCCCUGCUCCAGGGCGGAAUGUGAGACCAGGAGGGACUGCCUGGCCAAAGUCAUCUAUGCAAAAUUGUUUGAAUGGCUUGUUUUGGUCAUCAAUGAAAGCAUCUAUGCAGAUCCAUCAGUGUGGACCAGCUUCAUAGGUUUGUUGGAUGUUUAUGGUUUUGAAGCCUUCCCUGAAAACAACUUGGAACAGCUUUGUAUUAACUAUGCCAACGAGAAACUGCAGCAGCACUUUGUAGCACACUAUCUGAAGGCACAACAGGAAGAAUAUGCAGCUGAAGGCCUACAGUGGUCUUUCAUAAACUACCAGGAUAACCAGAACUGCCUUGAUCUAAUAGAGGGCAAUCCUCUCAGCAUUUUUUCUUUGCUGAACGAGGAGUGUCGUCUGAAUAGAUCCUCUAACACUGACCUCUUUCAAACUCGGAUCGAGAAAGCUCUGGCUAAUAAUCCAUGUUUAAGUCGAAACAAGUUCAGUAAGAAGCCUAACUUUAUUAUUUCACAUUAUGCUGGCAAGGUCUGCUAUCAGCUGGCAGAAAUGGUGGAGAAAAAUAAGGACCCCAUUCCACCAGAGCUGGUCCAUGUUUUGCAGGAUUCUAAGGACCCUUUGCUUCAAAAAUUAUUUCCUGUGACAGAAAGAAACCAAAAUAACAUCAAACCCCAGAAGAGAGCAGCUGUUGUUACAGUGGUGUCAAAGUUCAAGGGUUCACUUGAACAUCUGAUGCAGAUUUUGAAUAGUACCACACCUCAUUACAUCCGCUGCAUCAAGCCUAAUCCUGACUGCAAGGCAAUGACUUUUAAAAGAGAAGAGGUUCUGAGUCAGCUUCAGGCGUGUGGGAUAGUGGAAGCCAUCGCCAUCAGCGCCGCGGGCUUCCCUAUUAGGAUCCCUUUCCAAAGCUUCACUGAGCGCUAUGAAAUUCUGAGAAAGCCACGUGGGUCCAAUAAAAAGAGAGUGUGUGAUAAAAGCAACUGUCAUGGUGCUGAGAACACAGGCGAGACUGCAGCGGUGGAUCAUGACAGAGCAUCACAUUCUGUCGUUUUUGAGAUCCUUCAGAAUGUUGUCACGGGACAAACUACAGCUGAGCAAGCAGGGAACAGAGCAGAAAACAGCCCCGUGUACUGUGGCAAAACCAAAGUCUUUAUGGUCAAUUCUGCGCUAGAGCAGCUUGAAGCCAGAAGGACAGAGGUGCUAAAUGAGAAAGCAUUUUGCAUUCAGUGUUGCUGGAGAAGAUUUAAACAGAAGAAACUAGAGAGGGAGAGGUGGUCCGCAACUGUCAUCCAAGCAGCCGUCCGUUCCUGGCUGGCCAGGAGCCGCUUCCGAAGGAUGCGCAGGGCUGCAAAUGUCAUCGGGCACGGCUGGAGGAAAUGGAAAGCAAAAAUGGCUGCGUUAGCAGCAGCAGAAUUGGAUGAGGGUGAAGAAAAGGAGCAAUUCUCAGUUCCUGGAGUGAUCUCAGCCAAACCAGCUUGUUCUUUGGAAGGAACCUGGCCGCUCCAUGCAAUGAUUCAGUUCUGGCCCCUGGGUCUCGUACUGGCUGCUGCACCCACUACUGUAACAGGACUUCGGAGAGACCUGUCCCUGCUGGCGUGCCUCAGGGUGCUCCAGCACAGCAGUGGCUGCAGGGUGGAGAGCUGCUUUGUUGGCUGUGGCAUCACCUCCAUCAGAGCCCUCCCCCAGGGCUCCAUCAGGUUCCACUGUCAGAAGUCUCCUCUGCAUUACGCCAACGUCAGCCCCCACACGGAUUCCUGUUCCAUCAAGGGACUUAACCAGAUUUUAUUGGACAGAAAAAACCUCCUUCCCACUUAGGUUUUGGCCAUCUGCACAUACUGUACUUUUUCCUUCAGGGAAGGACUGUCUGCAAGUUGCUGCUUUCAAGUUACUCAACGUCCAUCUCUGCUGCUACCUCCCGAGCUUUCUAUAGCGAUGCAUUCUAUGUAUACUAUCAUAUAAUCCAAAUUCAGACUGUAUGGGGGACCAUUCCUCCUCACACACACAUUAGAGGAAAUAUCAGUACCAUGAGAACACUCAAUUCAAAUAGAUCAAGUGCUUUAAGCAAUAUGGACUCAACACUUCUGGCACUAGCUGCGAGAAGCAGGAAGCGGCUGGUAAUGAGAGAGAAAUCAGGAUCCUCACUGGGAGGUACAACUACAGCUGCUCUGACAGACCAGGAGUGGUCAGCAACACCGUGACACUUCUGACACUGACUCAGGAAGUGAGGAGCAGUCAGCUCUAACACUAAUGGCAGAUGCCAUGGGCAGAAGUGAGACUGGACUCUUGCUCUUUACCUACAGGACCAAACCAUAUGCACUCUCACAACAGCUGUGCAUUCCUGGCACUGCCCAUACCAAGGGCCCAAAUCUCUCCUCAGAGGCACUCUGUACUGUCUCCUUGCUCACAUGGGUCCUCAGUUUGUCUGUGUGCCACUUUUAAAUAAACCAUGAAAUACCCUGUAAAAGUGUCUGACCAUCUGCAACCAAGUUUAGCUA